UUAAAGAAAGAGCCUAAAAAAUUUACUCCGUAUACCGAGUAAUUAAUGGUCGAAGUUGUUCAGUCACUCAGAGUAGCAACCUUUCGCAGCUUUUAGCACUUCUGUAUUUUUCUUUUAAAAAUAAACUAAAAAGAAUUCCUUUUCACCUUCAAAAAUCUCAAGUCUAGGGUUUUAGGAGCAAACAAAAUUCGGUAGAGAAGUUGCAGAGGAAAGAAAAAAAAAGAAAAUGGGUGUGAGUUCAAAAAAAUGUUACUUGGAUAUUAGCAUAGGAGGUGAGCUUGAAGGAAGAAUGAUUGUGGAGUUAUACAAUAAUGUAGUUCCUAAAACUGCUGAAAAUUUCAGGGCUCUUUGUACUGGUGAAUUGGGUCUUUCUCCUAUUUCUGGCCUUCCUCUUCACUACAAGGGUAUACAUUUCCAUCGUAUUGUGAAAGGGGCUCUUAUUCAAGGCGGAGACAUAUCUGGGGGUAAAAGUGAUGGAGAAUCCAUCUACGGCACAACAUUUGAUGAUGAGAAUUUCGAGCUGAGGCAUGAAAGGAAAGGAAUGUUAUCCAUGGUUAAUGUUGGCCCCAAUACCAAUGGAUCUCAAUUCUUCAUCACAACUACUCAAACUCAUCAGUUCAAUGGUAAGCAUGUUGUGUUUGGAAGAGUGAUCAAAGGUCUGGGUGUUAUACGCUCAAUCGAGCAUGUUGAGGUUGAUGGUGAUAAUGGGCCGUUGCUUGAUAUUGUUAUCGAGGAUUGUGGAGAGAUUCCUGAAGGGGAAGAUUAUGGCAUUAUCAACUUCUUUAAGGAUGGGGACACUUACCCUGACUGGCCGUCUGACCUUGAUUCCAAAUCAGAUGAUUUCACUUGGUGGGUUACUGCUGCAGAAUGCAUUAAGGCUUUUGGUAAUGAGAAGUUUAAGAAGGAAGACUAUAAGAUGGCUAUUCGGAAGUAUCUAAAAGCUAUGCGGUACUUGGAUGUGUGCUGGGACAUGGAAGCAUUAGAUGGAGAAAAGAGUUUGUCUUUAAGGAAAUUGAGGUCUCAGUUCUACACUAACACUGCGGCCUGUAAGUUGAAGAUGGGAGACAUCGAGGGAGCGUUGUGGGAUACUGACUUUGCACUUCGUGACGAUGAAGAGAAUGUGAAGGCUCAUUUCCGAAGGGGUCAGGCAUUUAUCGCUCUCACUGACAUAGAUUCAGCAGUUGAAUCCUUCGAGAAGGCUUUGGAACUUGAACCAAAUGAUGGUGCCAUAAAGAGAGAACUUGCUGCCACAAAAAAGAAGAUUGCUAAUCGACACAACCAAGAGAAGAAAACCUACACUAGAAUGUUCCAAUGAAGUUCACGGAUUGCUGAAUGAGUGAAUGGUUUUGAUGGAAGGAAGAUUUUCACUGAAUUGGAUGGCACAGAUGGAUUUGAUAUAUUGAGUUUUGUAUAGAUGGUAAAAUAGGGAGAAAGAAAAAAAAAGAAAUUGAAAAGCUUGGAAGUACUUUUGAUGUACAUUUUUGCUAACCUAAACCAUCUGAAUGGAAGUACUCUUUUUUCCACUGAUAAGUUUGAUUUGUUUUAAUAUAUCUCUUGUUUUAUCCUAAA